GGUUGGGAAAGUGUCGUACAUCCAGAGGGAGCGUUGUACUUCUAUGAUGCCACUCGACACGUUUUCACGGACGCAAAUCUGAGAAGCAAAAGGCUUCUCAAGGCCAUCAAUCAUCUGGCUUACCAACUACUCUUGAAAGCCAGUGAUAUAAUCGAUGACUCGACACAUCUAGUUCUAGAGUUGCAAGCGAAAGAAGACGCAUGUAAUUAUUACUUCGUGCAGCACGAUAAACGACUCUUGUUCUGGCUGCAGGAAUUCGACGAGCCCAUAUGUAUCUACGAACAUGUCAAGGGUGUUAAAUCGGAUACUCACAUCAAAAUCGCCCUUGAGGCACAGUAUUGGAUGCACUGUGAACUAUACCCAAGCAAUGCUCCCAUCCAGCCUCAGAUUGCGACAGAACUCAAGCAUGUUCUCCUUCACGCACACUCAGACUUUCUAACAUCCGAUACCUCUGUUGUUCCCUAUGACCUCUCUACGCUACAAUGCAUGCUGGACCUUUCAAACCAUAUAGUGGAAUACGUAGGGCCUCUAACACCAUCUAGUGAUGAGUGUGUGGAGUUACCUGCUCAUCUCACGUGCGUACUAGCUCGCCUCAUGCGGUUGUUCGCUCGUUCAAAAUUCUUGAAUUUCUAUGGACAAGCCGGCGCGCGUCUCAAUGCUAACCAGUCGGUCUACGAAGUUGAACAAAGUAGACAAAAGGGCACAUUCCGACUUAGGCUUGCGAACGUGUUCCUCUGGGGCGCACCAGCUGCACAGUACAAAUUCCUGAGAAACACAUGGGUAGACAAUAUUUUGAACUAUCCUAAGUGGUACAAGCACAUUAACAGACUCAAUCGCGACUGGAGCAACGUCACUAUCUUUGUAAGCGGUUUUCUUAAACUUUCACUUGUCAUAAUCAACUUUUUUGGCCAGUCCACCGUGAUGUUGGCAGUUGACGUUAGCUUUCUGUGUGCUCCCGGGGUCAUCAGUGCAGCAGCCGUGGUCAUUUAUCUGUCCACGAUGUGCACUGUCAGUUCCUUGGUGGUAUCCAUACUUCUCGCCGUCGAGAGCCGCGGAUGGGGCACAGACUCCGCUGAAGGCGCCGCAUCGUUCAUGGCCCGAAUGAUUCACACACAAUCAGACGUCGAAGCGCUAGCGAUCAUGUACAGCCUUCCAUAUGCAUACUUAAUCUGGGGGUAA